AUGAUCAAGGACAAAAUCAGACAGUUCGCAGCUAGCGAUUCAUUUUUCGACGAAUUCCGUCGUAACGGAGAGAUUGAAAAAUUUCUACGCGAAAAACACUCGGAAAACACUAAACUCGUUGGGCUUAUGAGUAUUGGCACGUCUAUAGAGCACCGGGAUAUUAUGGCAGUUAAAAUUGGUGUUGACCAUGGUCGGGCUAAUAAGUCCAUCAUUUACAUCGAUGGUGGCACUCAUGCCCGCGAAUGGGCCGCAGUGUCCACCGCGUGCUAUAUCAUUGACCGCCUCAUUGAUGACUAUAACGCUGGCGAUAAAGUGGUGACAUAUUUGUUAAAUCGGUUUGACUUUUAUGUGGUUCCUGUGGUUAAUCCCGAUGGGUAUGAGUACUCGCACACAACGGACCGAAUGUGGCGUAAAAACAAAGCUAUACUAAAAGGCACCGAUUGUUUGGGCACUGAUCUGAACCGUAACUACGGUUUCCAUUGGGGCGGAGAGGGCUCGAGUCGUGACCCGUGCGAAGAGAACUACUCGGGACCCAAACCAUUCUCUGAGCCCGAGUCCAGAGCGGUCUCGAGCCUUAUCGUAGACAACAAACACCGUUUGAUGGCUUAUAUAACAUUGCAUUCCUAUGGCCAGUGGUUUUUGUACCCAUGGGGUUGGACUGAAGCAGACUCGCCAAACAAAAAGGAGCUGAAACGUGUGGCCGAUAUCGGACAUACGGCGUUAAACUCAGUGUACGGCACGACGUAUAAACUUGGUAGUCCCGGACAGAUUAUGUACUGGGCCCACGGGUUUGCACACAUACCGUACGUGUACUGCCUUGAGAUGCGCGAUGAGGGCCAACACGGCUUCCUAUUGCCGGCAAAGGAUAUAAUACCCGUCGGGAACGAGACUUACGCCGCCGUUAAGGCUAUGGCCCGAGAGAUAGCGCUCACCCGUAGAGUCAAGAGUAAUGUUAAACUAAAAUGUAUUGACAGUUUGGGCACUGAUCUGAACCGUAACUAUGGUUUCCAUUGGGGCGGAGAGGGCUCGAGUCGGGACCCGUGCGAAGAGAACUACUUGGGACUCAAAACUCAGUGUUCGGCACUUAUAAACUCAAUGGCCCCGGACAGAUAA